AUGGCCGAUCAGAAGCGCUCCCGUGUCUUUUUCGACAUCCAAAUCGGCUCUCAGCCCGCCGGUCGCAUUGCCUUUGAGCUUUACAAUGAUAUCGUUCCCAAGACUGCGGAUAACUUCCGUGCACUCUGCACCGGUGAGAAGGGUGAGGGCAAGUCGGGCAAGCCGCUGCACUACAAGGGCUCCGGCUUCCACCGUGUCAUCAAGCAGUUCAUGAUCCAGGGUGGAGACUUCACUGCUGGCAACGGCACUGGCGGCGAGAGCAUCUAUGGCGAGAAGUUCGAGGAUGAGAACUUCGAGCUGAAGCACGAGAAGCCCUUCCUGCUGUCCAUGGCCAACGCCGGCCCUGGUACCAACGGCUCCCAGUUCUUCAUCACCACCGUGCCUACCCCCCACCUUGACGGCAAGCACGUUGUUUUCGGUGAAGUUAUCAACGGCAAGUCGAUCGUGCGCCAGCUUGAGAACCUGCCCACUGCCGCCCAAGACAGGCCUGUCCAGGAGCAAUACCCUAUCAUUGCUGACUGCGGCGAACUCACCGGCGAGGACUACGAGAAAUGUACCGAACGCAUUCCCGACAGCACCGGCGACCCAUAUGAAGACUUCCCCGAGGACCAAUCUGAGGAGCUCACUGCGCCUCAGAUUGCCAAGAUUGCCGCAGAUCUCAAGGAUAUGGGCAACAAGGCUUUCAAGGCUGGCGACCUCCGCCUCGGUCUCGCCAAGUACCAGAAAGGUCUUCGCUACCUGAACGAGAACCCCGAGGUUGAGGAGAAGGAUCCUCCGGAGACCAAGCAGCAACUGUCUUCCCUCCGCUUCCAGCUGCACAACAACAGCGCGCUCCUGCAGAACAAGUUGAAGGAUUAUGAGGGCGCCGCCAAGAGCGCAACCUACGCGCUCGAGGUCCAGGGUACCUCCGACGCUGACAAGGCAAAGGCGUACUUCCGCAGAGCCCAGGCCCGUGAGGCCCGCAAGAAUGAUGAGGAGGCUAUCCAGGAUUACGAGGCAGCCCAGAAGCUUGCGCCCAAUGACUCGGCUGUCCUUAACGGUCUGACCAACGCUAAGAAGAAGCUUGCCGAGUUUAAGAAGAAGGAGAAGGCGGCUUAUGCCAAGUUUUUCUCUUAA